CCAGUAUAAAAAAGCCUUCUUGGCUGUUCCGUCUUCUUGGGCGUAGAGCCAGCUAUCUAUCAGCCACCGCACAACCCACAACUGGCCUUCAGAAAGGGAGGAAGAAGAUGAUGGAGGUGGAGAAGCCAUGGGAGUUGAAGGAGGAUGUGGAGAUCAUGACGGAGGAGGAGGAAGAAGACGACAGCAGCAACCUGCUGCAGGCCAGGGGCAGGAACAAGAAGCACGCGCUCAUCAAUGGAGAUGAACAACAACAACAACAAGAAGAAGAAGAAGAAGAAGAGGUUGUUGAGGAGCACAAGAGCGUCUUCUUUGAUCCAACCCAAGGGUUAUGGAAGUGCCGUCACUGCGAUUGGACAUACCUCUUGAGUGGUCCAUCCAGAAAUGUUAUCCUGAAUCAUCAAGGGUAUUGCCAAAUCACGACGAAUCUUGAAUCGUUAGUUCAGAGUGAAUCAUUUUACAGUUCACCAAGCAAAGUUUCUGAGCAUGUUACUGAAGUAAGUGGUAAGAAUGAAGUUACAAGAGUGGAGCAGUUCGUUGCUAAAAAGGAAAAGGCGCAUGAAACAUCAAGUUCAAAGGGAAAAGAACUUGAGACACAGGAAAAUGCUAAUUCUCAAGAAACUAAUGAAAAUUCUAAUAACAGCAGUUUGGAGAACAGAUCACCUUCAAAUGGUUCACAUGAAGUCUGUAACAGUGGUGAAACAGUUACAGUUGCAAAUGGAAAAGCAGGCUUGAAAGUGAUCACAAUCAUUGACAAGAACCAAAACGGCCUGGCAAACUCAAAUGGUUCUCUUCACAUUGCCAAUGUCAGCAUGAACAAAACUAGUGUCCAUGAAAUUGAAGCUGAGAAGGAUGAAGAUGUCAUUAAGGGCAAAGUGAACAUUGAAGAGUAUGACCUUGAGAAAAUUCUUGAUGAGCAAGAAACUCAUGACCUGUUCUGUCCCAAUUGCAACUCAUGCAUAACUCAAAGGGUGAUUCUGCGGAAGAGAAAAAGGACAGUAAGACAAACAUCACCUGAUGAACCACCAAAGAAAACACAGAUUGCAGAGCCUUCUGCUAAUACUUCAAAUCAGACUGUACCUGAAAGACAAGGGCAAGAGUCACCUGACAUAUUCAGAUGUUUAUCAUGCUUCGCCUUCUUCAUUCCAACAGGUUGUGGCUUUAACAUAUUCCGUAUAUUUGGAAGGACGGAAGUGAACCAAGAAGCUCAGGUACAGGAAGCUGCUGCAUCAGGUCAGAUGUCUGGCUCCGACAAUUGUGCAAGUUGGCUUUUUUCUUGUUUCGAGCCUGGAGACGGUCCAAAGAAAACUGAUGCAGGUCCAGAAAAGGAGCCACUAUUACCUGACAAGCAGGACUCCAAUAAUGGUUCAGCUUCAUCAGUUGAAGGUAGCACAGCAUCCGUUCAUAGUCAUGGCAUAAGUGUACAACAACAAGAAUCAAAGAGACCAUUGCCAGCUGAGUCAUCUUCCCAACUUCAACCCAGCAAUACAAAGAAAGAAGACUUCGGAACAGUAUCGUUCAGUGGAUCAUCAUCGGUAGAAGCUCCUUCAUCGUCAUCUGCUAGCAUUAUCAACCCUGGACAGACCGCGACAGGAUUCCUUCAGACUGGGGAAACACAUGUGGUGAUUGGGCAGCAGGACAUCGUACUGCAACAGAACGUUCCUCUUCCAAAGCCUGGAGAUGCAGCUCACCUAGAUAAACAGAAACAAGAAACUCCACCAGCAAGCCACACAUUUCCUACACCGGGAGUCAAGAUCCCAGAUGCAAAUCCAGCUAAAUUUAUACCAGAUGUGGUGAGGCCAAUGGUAGAUAAACCAAGUCGAGGCAUUGUGAUUCCUCCUGAAGCAGUUGAGUCACAAACUCGACCUGAGCAUUCAUCAGUGCAAAUAGGGCCUGAUGCGAGCAUGCCAUUGAUUGAUACUCCUGCACCAGAGCAAAGGGAUGAUUGGGACAUCCUGAAAGCUAUCGUAUACGGUGGCCUCGUGGAAUCGAUCACCAGCCUCUCUGUGGUUUCAGCAGCUGCAUCCAGCGGCGCCAGGACAUUGGACAUAUUCAUCUUGGGCAUAGCAAACCUCAUCGGUGGACUUCCCAUCAUCUUUCACAGCAUGGCUGAGCUGAGAAGCAUUGGAGAUGUGGAUGAGAGGGAGGAGCAGGGCGGUCACUACUGGUUGCAGCUGGGGAGGCGAUCCAAGUACCGGCUGCAUGUCGCCAUGGCCGUGCUGUCCUACCUCCUCUUCGGCCUGCUGCCGCCGCUCAUCUACGGCCUCUCCUUCCGCGGCGGCGACGUGAGGGAGAAGAAGAUGGUGGCGGUGGCGGCGGCGUCGCUGGGGUGCAUCGCGCUGCUGGCCAUGGGCAAGGCACACGUGGCACGGAGGCGGAGCUACGUGAAGAGCCUCCUCUACUACCUGAGCAUUGGCGUGAGCGCGUCGGGCCUCUCGUACGUCGCCGGCCUCCUCGCCCACUUUGCCCUCAUCACCCACCAAACCCCUCCUGCUUCAUCCUCCUGGGCUUCAUACUGAAUUUCUUCUUCUUGUUUGGUUCGACAAAAGUUUUGAUGCCUUCCCAUUUACAGCAAGCCCUUCGCAAGAUCAUAGUGUAAAAGCUCUUUUUCGUUGUACCAUAGCACCCUUUUUUUUUGUCAAUAAACUUUGGCAAGGAAAAUAACAAGGUCAGGCUUGCCCUGUUCUUUUUA